AUGGUGUCCUCUAUUAAGGACAGUACUGAGACACAGAGCCAGGCAAACAUGCGGGAAUUUAUCGCGACGUAGUGAGGGCGGGGGUUACAGCUACAGCGGCUGUUUGAUUUCUUGCAUGUCCCGUUCUUGCGGUCGUGUUUUUUUUUCUUGUUCAGGCUACAUCGAAGGAGGGUGAGGAGGAGACAGAUUUAGCUUCCUCCUUCACCAAUAGGUUGUGCCAGCAGGAGCUUCGCAAAAGUGUUACCGCCAAAAACCCAUGGGCUUCAUGAUCAGUGGUUUGCUUUCGCUGUCGAGGAGUGAUGUUGAGGUUGCGCGAAAUGGUUUGAUCCCUUUAAGGCCAGUGCCACGGCAUUCUUGCCAACAUAAUAUUAGGCAUCUAUGAGGUGCAUCCUUUGCGAUAUUCAUGUGAAGGGUAUAAGUCAGGUUGUGCAUAUGUGCAGUACGUGCGCUGAGGUGGGUACAGCAACAAGGUGCAGCAUGUGUGUCCCGUCCAGUUGACUUCUUAAGCAAAACAUGUGUGGUCGACAGGGCAG